AUGACGAGCGAGCCAGAGAAACCGACUUCGAGCGUCGACGGCGCCGCACCACCUUCGCAUCCGGCCGACAAGCAGCCUGAAGGCGGCAUCAAGGACUAUGUCCGCAUUUUCCAAUACGCCGACCGCUAUGACUGGAUCCUCAAUGCCAUAGCAUGUGUUUGCGCCAUCGCCGCCGGGGCAGCGCUUCCCUUGAUGUCUCUGGUCUUUGGCACUUUUACCACCAAGUUCAACAAUUUUGCCUCUGGCAGAUCAACACCACAACAAUUUCGGGACGACGUGGACCAUUUCGUCCUUUGGUUCAUCUACCUUUUCGUUGGCAGGUUCGGUGUGACCUAUAUAGCCACAGGAACUAUCAGCAUCUCCGCCACACGAACAACACGUGCUUGUCGCAAGGCAUUUCUUGAAUCUACUCUUCGACAGGAAAUCUGGCAUUUCGACAGCCAAACCAAUGGAGCGACUGCCACCCAAGUCACCACCAAUGGCAAUCGAAUCCAGACCGGGAUCGCCGAGAAACUGGUCUUCGUCAUCCAAGCGCUUUCCAUGUUUUUUGCUUCCUUUGUCGUAGCCUUGGCAGCCCAGUGGAAACUGGCCUUAAUCACCAUGUCCGUCAUCCCUGCCAUUUUCAUCGUCACCGGGGUCUGCGUAGCUAUCGACGCAGUUCAGGAGGCCAGAGUCCUCCGCAUCUACUCUCGAGCAGCCGUCCUUGCUGAGGAGGUAUUGUCGUCCGUUCGAACAGUCCAUGCCUUCUACGCGCAGAAGAAAAUGGUUCAGAGAUACGACGACUUUCUACAACAAGCUCAUAAAGAAGGAAAUAAAAAAUCUCCCAACUAUGGUGUCCUUUUCUCCACUCAGUAUUUCUGUGUCUACUCGGCUAUUGCCCUGUCGUUCUGGCAAGGGUUCAGAAUGUAUCAGAGCGGCGAAAUUCAAAACGUCGGCAAGGUCUUCACCGUUGUGCUCUCCGUAACCAUUGCUGCAACAGCAAUUUCAAGCAUUGCGCCGCAAAUCCAGGCUGUCACCAACGCAUCCUCUGCCGCUUCCGAACUGUUUAGCAUUAUAGACAAGCCGUCACUUCUGGACCCUCUCGACCCUGCUGGCGCACGGCCAUCCUCAUGCCGAGGCCACAUCGAAAUCACAGGCUUGGAUUUCGCUUAUCCCUCCCGCCCAUCCGCUCAGGUCCUGCGUGGUUUCACCAUAACCAUUCCUGCCGGAAAGACCACGGCUCUAGUAGGAGCAUCGGGCUGUGGGAAAAGCACACUUGUGGGACUUCUUGAAAGGUGGUAUCUUCCCACCGCGGGCCGUAUUGCUCUUGAUGGAUUAGACCUGGACGAAUACAAUGUCCAAUGGUUGAGAAGCCAGAUUCGUCUUGUACAACAAGAGCCGAUCUUAUUCCGCGGAACUGUGUUUCAGAAUGUCGCUAAAGGCUUUCUCGACGAGCAACGAAAUCUUCCUCUCGAGAAACAAAUGGAAUUGGUCCAAGAAGCCUGCAAAGCUAGUAAUGCGGACGAGUUCAUCAACGAGCUCCCCCAAGGCUAUGAGACCCAAGUGGGAGAGCGGGCUGGGACGCUGAGUGGAGGUCAACGACAACGCAUUGCCAUUGCUCGCAGCAUUGUCUCAGACCCAAAGAUUCUUCUCCUUGACGAAGCUACAAGUGCUCUUGACCCUAGAGCUGAGAGACUUGUGCAAGAUGCCCUAAAUCGCGUAUCGGCGAACCGGACAACGCUAGUCAUUGCACACAAAUUGGCAACUGUGAAGACCGCCGACAACAUUGCCGUCAUGUCCGGUGGGCGGAUAGUCGAACAGGGUACCCACCUGGAAUUGAUCGAUCUCAACGGCCAUUACGCAAGGCUGGUUCGAGCUCAGGAUCUUGGGUCCGCUGGACACGAAGAGCCCAACCGGCUCGUCGGUGAGAAGCCGAUCCUGGAUGUGACAGGUGAACAAUUGGGGGUCCAACGGACCCUCACCGUUGCGACUUCUGUGGGAGGCGACGCCGAAAAGGGGACAAAGCCUGUCGGAACUCUUGGGUACUCGCUCUUACGAUGCAUUGUCGUCAUGUUCUACGAGCAGAAGGCUUUAUAUUGGUGCUUCUUGAUCUCAACUCUCGCUUGUCUUAUCGGUGGAGCGACGUUUCCAGCUCAGGCCAUUCUCUUCGGAAGGCUUUUGACUAUCUUUCAAUUGACAGGUAAAGAAGCCCGUGACCGAGCAGACUUCUACUCAUUAAUGUUCUUCGUUGUCGCGCUCGGUAAUCUGGUGGCUUAUUUCACCAUCGGUUGGCUGUGUAACAUCAUUGGACAAACCGUCACCCAUCGUUAUCGUGCGGAAAUGUUCCAACGUGUCCUCGACCAGGACAUCGAGUUCUUCGACCUUCCGGAAAAUACCUCGGGGGCAUUGACCUCGAAACUUUCCGCACUUCCCAACCAGCUACAAGAGCUCAUUUCAGCCAACAUCCUCCUCAUCUUCAUAGUGUUGGUUAACGUCGUGUCUAGCAGCGUCCUAGGUUUGGCUUACGGUUGGAAGCUGGGCCUGGUGGUGGUCUUUGGGGCGCUCCCACCACUCCUUCUGUCUGGUUAUCUUCGCAUACGACUGGAGACUAGGCUUGAGGCCCAGGUUUCCGACGAGUUUGCGGAAAGUGCCGGGCUGGCCAACGAAGCUGUCUCAUCCAUCAGAACCGUGGCUUCCUUAACGCUCGAGGCGCAUGUCCUAGAGGAAUAUUCACAAAUGCUCAGCAGUAUCGUCCUGAAGUCCACCCGGGCGUUGGUGUGGACGAUGUUCUGGUUUUCUCUGUCACAAUCCAUCGUGUUUCUGGCCAUGGCACUCGGUUUCUGGUACGGUAGUCGACUGUUGGCAUCAGGAGAGUACACGACGGAACAAUUCUACAUCAUCUUUAUUGGCGUGCUCUUUGCGGGCCAAGCCGCGGGCGAAUUCUUCGGAUACACUACGUCCAUCACCAAAGCACGGAGCGCAGCCAACUACAUCCUCUGGCUGAGGACAUUGCAGCCAACAAUUAGGGAGACAGAGGCCAACAAGAACAACGGGCCCGAAGGAGAUGGGCCCGUUGAUCUCGAGAAUAUCGAGUUCCGCUACCCCCAACGAGAAACAUCGCGUGUCAUUCGAGGCAUCUCUAUGGGCAUCAAGCCUGGACAAUUUGCUGCUUUCGUGGGAGCAUCAGGCUGUGGCAAGUCGACUCUGGUUGCCUUGCUCGAAAGGUUCUACGACCCAACCGCUGGUCGAAUCUGUUUCUCCCACAAGGACAUUGCGGCCAUGUCGCCUCGGCUCUACCGUGGACAUAUGUCUCUCGUGCAACAGGAGCCCACAUUAUACCAGGGCUCUGUCAGAGAGAAUGUCUCCCUUGGUCUUGACUUCGAGCCGUCCGAGGAACAAAUUCAAGAGGCAUGUCGUAAGGCGAACGCACUGGAUUUUGUGAUUUCUCUUCCCGAGGGAUUUGACACCCCAUGCGGAUCUCGCGGGACGCAGUUGUCCGGCGGGCAGAGACAGCGCAUCGCCAUUGCGAGGGCUUUGAUCCGGAACCCUAAGCUCCUCUUGCUCGACGAGGCCACGAGUGCACUUGAUACAUUAUCCGAGCGGUUGGUACAAGCAGCACUGGACGAAGCCGCUAUGGACCGAACGACAAUUGCCGUGGCGCACCGACUGUCGACUAUCCGCGAGGCUGACGUUAUAUUUGUGAUUGCGAAUGGGAAGAUAGCGGAGAUGGGAACACACAUGGAGUUGCAGCAGUUGAAGGGCCGCUACUAUGAGAUGUGUCUGGCGCAGUCGCUGGACCGGGCUUAG